UGGUCCAUUUCGGACCGGAAGCAGUGUUGUUUACAUUUUCUAAGAUGGCGGCGGGGAUGUAUUUGGAGCAUUAUUUGGACAGCAUAGAAAACUUGCCCUUCGAGUUACAGAGAAACUUCAAUUUGAUGAGGGAUCUAGAUCAACGCACAGAGGAUCUUAAAGGACAAAUAGACUCUCUGGCUAAAGAGUACACAGCCAACGCCCGAACUCUUUCCUCUGAGCAAAAGCUGUCCAUACUGAGGCAGAUUCAGCAGUCUUACAGUAAAUGCAAGGAGUUUGGAGAUGAUAAGGUGCAAUUGGCCAUGCAGACCUAUGAAAUGGUCGACAAACACAUCAGACGUCUUGACACAGAUCUGGCUCGGUUUGAGGCUGACCUGAAGGAAAAGCAGAUUGAGAGCACAGACUAUGAUUCCACCUCCAGUAAGGGGAAGAAAGGUGACUCCAGACAGAAGGAAAAGAAGACGGCUAAAACGAGGUCGAAAGUGAAGAGCUCAGAUGAAGAUGGCAGUCCCAAGAGUGCACAGAAGAAAGUCAAACUCCUCCAGCCAGGAGAAUUCAACAGCCCUUCUACCAACUUUGGCAAUGUGCACCCAUCUGAUGUGCUGGACAUGCCAGUGGACCCCAACGAACCAACUUACUGUUUGUGCCAUCAGGUCUCUUACGGCGAGAUGAUUGGCUGUGACAACACUGAUUGCUCCAUUGAGUGGUUCCAUUUUGCAUGCGUGGGCCUGACAACCAAACCAAGAGGCAAAUGGUAUUGUCCACGGUGCUCUCAAGACAGAAAGAGAAAAUAAAAACAAGUGGUUGCCCUGGAACAAAAUGUGGACACUGAUCAGAUGGAAAUGAGAAGAAUAUUUCUUCAUUAGUUACUAGAAUUUUUGUUUCUCAUCUUCCUUAACAUUUGGUGCUUUUUCUUUUGGUUUAUGUAAUUUGCCUUGGUCUUAUGCAGUGUGUGUGUGUGAAGGAGCCAAGUGGUUACAAAACUAUUUAAGUAUUAAUUUUUUUUAAACGGUUAACAAUAUUUUUUUUAAGUUACCUUUGGUGCUCUUAUUGUGACUUCUUUUUUUUUUUACAUUUUUUGAGUGAAUAAUAAACACUACAACUGCCCCUAAUGGUCUAACAGUUCCAGGUUGUCACAAUACUUUUUACUCUAUUCACACAAAGAGCUACACAAUUGAUCUCAAAACAUUGUGGCCAUGGAUAAUUUCUUGCUUUGUUGUGUCGUUAGUUUCUUGUACUUAGCCUGGGAACACUAGUUUUAUGUUUAAGUAUUACAAGAGGGCAAAAGAAUAUGAAGACAAAUGCUGCAUCCUGUCAGUAUUAGUCAUCUGUGGUAGUGAGAUAAACCAUUUCAUUUUAACAUUUGAGUGCUGUAUAGAAAGUAAGACAUUUUGUGAAAAAGUAUUGUCAUUUCUGUAGCUGAAACAUUGGUACAGGGGAGAGGGGGUGCUUGUGUUGUCAAUCAUUUGAAUACAGCUACUACCUCAAAAAAAAAAAAAAACUGCUCU